AUGGCGGUCAUCCCAACAGAAGGUGCCAUCAGCGCUGCACUUUACUUGACAACAGCUCUGUCAACGGUGAGUUCGACAGACGAUGAAGUCAGCAACUUUUCCACAGACUGCAUACAAGUCAUGCACCAAGACUACCCCGACGACCCCAUCAGCACCGAGGUGGAACACCUCAUAGGCAAGAUCCGGGAAGCCAUCGUCAUGCCCAUCCUCUUCGUCACGGGGGUCAUGGGGUCUGUCGUCAGCUUGGUCGCUUUCUACAGGCAGAACCUCAACAACAGAAUCAACCUGUGUCUCUUUAGUCUCGAGCUCGUUAACCUCAUCAACAUUUCUUUUCUCUUUAUACUCAACUUUGACAGUCUUUACCGGCCUUUUGACGAGGGCGACAUUGGCGUUGUAGGCGCCUUCGUGACCAACAGCAAGAUGCUGGGGAUGCUGGGCUUCAUGUACGGCGCCAUGUUCCUCUCCGCCGUCGUGUCGUGUGAGCGGUGCUUUAGUGUGCUCUUUCCAUUACAUUCUAAAACACUCAUCAGCACUAAAGUAAUCCUAAUUGUAAUAAUUUUUGGCUCAUGUCUAACCGUGAUACCCUUUUUCGUGGUUACCUGGUCUUACCAGGUCGUCUGCUUUCACGAUAUUGUUACAAACGUGGUAGUGCACGAACCAACCCCAGGUGACUUUUACUUUCAGUACCAAGAAGUAAUAAGUAUCAUCGAAGGAACUUACUACGGUAUUAUCUUGUCUAUCGGGAUACCCAUCGUUGUCGUUAUCUCAACGGCGCUCACGGGAUGGAAGCUGAACCAGUCAAUAGCUUUUCGAAAGGAGACGUCGACCUCUGACACCAAGAAGGAAACGGCCAUCACCAAGAUGCUCGUCACACUCUCCAUCGAGUUUCUCGUCCUCUCGUUGCCCAACAUCAUCAUCAGAAUCAUUCAUCUGUUUGAACCAGAAGUGAGGUUCGCUGGUCGUUAUAAUAACUCUUACUUUCUUCUCGUCAACAUCGCCGAGACGGGCAGCAUUCUAAACAGUAGCAUCGACUUCUUUGUCUACUACUCGGCUGGCACCAAGUUCAGGGACACGGUUCAUGAAAUGUUUCCUUGUCUACACAGAAAGAGUUCUCAUCCACAAAUUCAGGGGAAGAAACAACACAACACCUACCUAUAG